AUGGUGAUGGUACAAUGCAUCACUAGCCGUUUCGCAGCAAAGACGUACAGUGUCUUGUAUCUCAAAGUUAUUUGCAGUGGAGAAGAUAGCUUGUUCGGGUUUCUCCAGCAAAGGGACUGGGAUAUUCUGAUAAUGGAAGCACAUGUCCAUGUCCCUUCAAACGAUGGACCCCAACAAACCUUGAGAAUCGAAAUCUCUGACUUUCGUCCCUCUUUGGACUAUGAACCAGAAAGAGCUAAGAAGAUAAAGAAUGCUGCGUACAAGUGCGCAAAGCUUUGUGGAGCUCCUGGCUAA